AUGAACCCUGAAAUGCAAGUAAAAACGCAUCGCCACCAGUUGAAGGUCAGGCACCAUUCAAGCAACAUGGAAUCCACCAAAAUCGAGACCAGUUUGGGGAAUAUGCAAAUCAUUGACGCUCUGAAACAAGUUUAUGGUGAUAUUGCCCCAAAGAAGUCAACAACCUACAAAUGGAUAAGUCGCUUCCGAAGUGGAAAAACCAAAGUUGAGAUGAGCCCCGCAGUGACAAGCCCAGCAAUGUCAGAUUUUGAGGAAAACAUUGAUGCCGUUCGUGACUCGAUUGAAAAUGACAGACGAAUAACCACUGGAUCGGUAGUAGAUACACUCAACACUCCGUGGGUUCUGCACACGCAAUUCUUAUGGAGAGACGAUCCCGAGGUCAAAAUUCAAUCAAAGCAGUGGCUGCCCCGGGGUAGAAGUGGACCAGUCAAAGCAGAAUCUGAGCGUUCAAGAGGAAAGAGGGAGGUCACUGUCUUCUGGGAUGCAGAGGGGGUUUUGCUAGUUGACUUCCUCGAGAACAAGACCAUUACAUCUAAUUAUUGUUAA